UUUCUGCAUAUACGACACUAGUAACUUCACAGCCAACAGCACCUACAAGACCAACCUCGACCGUGCUCUCUCCUCCAUAGCUGCCAGAAAACAAGUCAACUAUGGCUUUCACAGAUUCUCUUGCGGAGAAAGUAGCCAAAUACCAUUGGUCUAUGUAGAGUGGACGUCAAGCUUGAUGUUGUGGAAGCUGCCUCAAUGACUCUAUUCGCCUUCUCGCAGAGCUCUGUCCUAACCAUAAAGAAGCAAUCAGCUGGGAUGAAAAUUUAUCCUUAAAUUAUUCAAAAUGUUAUUCACGGCCAUUCAGUUUCUUGAAAGGGCUCCACUAUUUCUACCAUGAACCAUAGAAAUCUAUUGACGAACUGAAGAAACUGUUCCAGCAGCCAUGGAGUGACGACGACGGUAUAGCUAUACCAAGUGACAUGAUUGAUGAUAUAGCCAAGAAAGGAAGGCUUCCAGAAGAUCAAUUCCUAACCAUAUGGUCAUUUGGAAUUUUCAACAAUUUGCAGCAAAACGGACUCUCAUCCUACCAAUUAGCUCCGUUGUGAUGGUUGAAAAGAUUAACAAUGAAGAUUUUCUAUCCAAUAUUGUAUGAAGAUUAACGAUUAUCCAUUAGCUCCGUGUGCGCACUCUUUUUAGUAUAAACAUUUGCAUGAGUUUGCACCGCCCAGCCAAUGUUCGUCUACCAUUCUUGCCUUUAUGUCAUGGGGAACUACACCAGCAACAGCACCUACAAGAUCAAUGUCGAUCAUGUCCUCUCCUUCAUUUCCACUGCCAAAGAUACUGGCAAAGGCUUUUACAAUUUUUCCUACGGUCAAAACUCAGACUUAGUCAAUGCCAUUGGGCUCUGCCGAGGCGAUGUGAAGCCUGAUGUUUGUAGAAGCUGCCUUGAUGACUCUAUAUAUUUUCUCACACAGCUAUGUCCUACGCAGAAAGAAGCAAUUGGGUGGUAUGAUAACUGCAUGUUACGAUAUUCAAGUCGCACCAUAUUUGGUGUGGUUGAAAAUAAUCCAAGACUCUUGGCAUGGUCCAUACGCAACGUAACGCAGGAAAAACUGUGGAAUCUUAUGGCAUUACUUGACACCUUGAAAAAUAAGGCUUCUUCAGGUGGUUCUUUACAGAAGUAUGCUGCUGGAGAUACACCAACUGUUGGACAGUCUGGGAGGAUAUAUGCUCUUAUACAGUGCACACCUGAUUUGUCUCAGCUACAAUGUGAUGCCUGCUUAGAUUCAGCGUUUAAAUUAAUCCCACCAUGUUGUAGUGAUGGUCUAAGAGUUUAUACGCCCAGCUGUAACGUAAGAUAUGACUUCUCCCGCUUCUUUGACCCUUCUGCCGAUUCGCCACCACCACCUCUAGCAUUCACUCCAACCAAUACCAUGUAUUCCGAGGGAAAGAAGAACAACACAACACAAAUGGCCAUCAUAAUUGUUCUCCCAUUUGUGGCUCUUUUGGUUUUAGCCAUGAGCAUCUACACCUUUUUGAGAUCCAGGAAGUUGAGGGGAAAACUUGAGACUAGUGAUGAUGACCCCAUUAACUUCUUGCAAUAUGACUUCAAGACGAUCAGAGAUGCAACAGAUGACUUUUCUACUGAAAACGUACUUGGACAAGGUGGAUUCGGUAUUGUUUAUAAGGGUAAGCUUUCUAAUGGACAAGAAGUGGCUGUGAAAAGGCUAUCUCGAGGUUCUCAACAGGGAGACUUAGAAUUUAAGAAUGAAGUUAUAUUGGUUGCUAAGCUGCAACACCGAAAUCUGGUUCGACUUCUUGGCUUUUGCUUUGAGAGAAACGAAAGGAUUCUCAUCUACGAGUUUUUACUUAACUCAAGCCUAGAUCGAUUCAUAUUUGGCAUCAGCCGCGGCCUCAUGUAUCUACAUGAAGAUUCUCGAUUUAAAGUCAUCCAUCAUGAUCUUAAAGCUAGUAAUAUCUUAUUAGAUGCAGAGCUAAAUCCAAAAAUCACUGAUUUUGGAAUGGCAAGGCUGUGUUCAUUCAAUCAUUCUCAAGGUGAUACGAGCAAAAUUAAGGGAACAUAUGGAUAUAUGGCCCCAGAGUAUGCAAUAUACGGACAUUUUUCAGUGAAAUCCAAUGUGUUUAGUUUCGGUGUGCUUCUCUUAGAGAUCAUUAGCGGCCAAAAGAACAACUGCUUUCAAGAUGGGGAAAAUACAGAGCAUCUUCUAAGCUAUACAUGGAAAAAUUGGAUGGAAGGGACAUUCACAAGCAUCAUAGACCCAAUAUUGGCCAGAACUUGCAGUGAUGAAAUCGUGAGAUGCAUCCAUCUCGGGUUACCGUGUGUUCAAGAAAAUGUAGAUGGCAGACCAACCAUGGCUUCAGUUGUUCUCAUGCUCAAUAGCUACUCCUUGACUCUUCCUGUACCUCUGCGGCCUGGAUUUUUACUGCAGAGCAAUACCUCAAACUUGCCACAACAUUUCGAUUACACAGAAGGGUCGCAGCACAGCCGAUCUGAGAGCACUUAUAUUGAAGAAGAAGAAGAAUCACUAAACCAGCCUGCAACUCAUUGAUGUUAAAAGCUUACUAGUUUCUUGGGAUGGAGGUAAC